AUGGAGCAUUUACCCCUGCAAGACAUGAAGGGCUUCCUGUUCCUCACACUACUCCUGAUGCCCGUGCCUGCUGGAGCUGCUUGGAGUGCGAAAUAUGCAGUAGAUUGCCCUGAUCCCUGUGACAGUAACGCAUGCAAAAGUACCGCACGUUGUAAGCGAACAGUGCUGGAUGACUGUGGCUGCUGCAGAGUGUGUGCAGCUGCUCUGGGGGAGACUUGCUAUCGUACUGUCUCGGGUAUGGAUGGUGUCAAGUGUGGUCCUGGGCUGAAGUGUCAGUUUUACACUGAGGAGGAUGACUUUGGUGAUGAAUUUGGUAUCUGCAAAGAGUGUCCCUAUGGUAGCUAUGGAAUGGAAUGCAGGAAAGCCUGCAACUGUCCCUCUGGCAUCUGUGAUAGAGUAACCGGGAAGUGUCUGACGUUCCCAUUUUUUCAACUGUCUGCUUCAAAGCCUCCAAAUCGACGAAAAAUAUCUUCACACACAGACAAUGACAUGGCAUCAGGGGAUGGAAAUUCUGUAAAAGAGGAAUUCGUUAAAGAGAAAGUUAAUCGCUCUCCAGUAAUGAAAUGGCUAAAUCCUCGCUGA